ACAGCUGCUUAUCGUGUAAAAUACGUCUAUUGGCGCUGAGCUGACCGUCCAAGCUCGUCGACUUUUCUGUGGAGGUCAACAGGACUUUGUGCCAGUGACAUUUAUUGAUUGUAUUCCCUGGCGUUGCCUUGUAGAGGCAAUGGCUCUCGCUCUUCUUCGAAUCAGCAGAUGCAUCGCCGUAGCACCGUGCCUCCAGACCAGUUCAUGCUGCAGUGUUGCGGUUGCAAGGAGCACGGUACAUAUGCAGCAAGUGUCCGGCAUGAAAACCAGAACAUUUAGGGAACACGUCCCGAAACCGAAGCCUUUUCCGUACGAAACCAAGCCGUUCAAUAGCUGGCGCAUGCUUUUCGACUCAACUACCGAUCGCUUCGACGAAAACACGCGCAUGAUAGUAGUUGACGGGAACAUCGCAAGUGGAAAAUCUGCUCUUGCCAAGACCAUUGCCGAAGAGUUCGAGCUGAAACACUUUCCAGAGGUCAGCUUGGACAGGCUCUAUGUAGAUGAAUACGGUUUCGAUUACCGUACCCUUAAUCAUCUCUUCCCGGAGUCUUGUCGGAUGUGCGACAUCAAGACGUUUUACGAGGACCCGCACAACAGAAAUGUGGCCCGCAUGCAAAUGUUGAUGUAUACGUUGAGGUUUGAGCAACACAUCGACGCCCUCGUGCACAUCAUGAACACUGGCCAAGGAGUGGUGUUGGAGCGCAGCUGCUUCUCCGAUUUUGUCUUUGCUGAUGCAAUGCACAAGAUGGGCUACAUCUCGCCUAUUGCAUGGAAGAUGUACCACAAAUGUAGGCGCUACACUAUUUUUCAAAUGCUGAAGCCACACUUGGUCAUUUACCUUGACGUCCCCAGUGACAUCUUGCUCCAGAGGAUCCGGGAGCGGAAUCGGCCAGAAGAAGUGAACACAAAGGUUUUGACAAAGGCCUAUCUUGACGAAAUUGAAUCAGUUUAUAAGAAAAACUAUCUGCGUUCAGUCAGGAAGGAAACUGAGCUGCUGAUGUAUGACUGGUCGCAUUUCGGAGACACUGAAAUGGUGCUCGACGACAUUGAGCACAUUGACUUUGAGGGUUACCUGAACGACCCGUAUGGACCCAUGCUGGCCGACUGGAGGAAGAAAGAGGACCUUUGGGAUGAUUAUCGUUAUCGGCUAACAACUGAAAAAGACAUACUCAUGAACAGCCUUGAACUGAACUACUUUGAAGCUCCUGAGCUCGCCACCAGUGGGGAAGAUAGCGAAAUAAUGAUGGACGUCAUAGAAAAGUUCAACGAUAAGCGGCAAUACUUCCAAGCGGGUUACAACAAGCAUCUAGGUGACAGAGGAAUUUUCUUCAAGUUGAAAACGAUCAGCAAGUGGCAACAAAUGAGGUACGUGUGGAACCUGAACAAGUACUAAUCCUGUAAGGCCCACACGGAUGACCAAUGACAUACUAGAAAUAAAAAUGUUAUUGCCUCCA